GGUAACCGGGGGGUUUUUGCUCAGACUUGCUCGGGACUUUCCCGGACGUGCCGGUACGCUCCGCCGCCCCGGGCACCGACGGGCACCGGAGCCGGCCAUGCCGUUGUUCUUCUCGCCCCCCCUUCUCCUUCUCCUCCUCUUUCUGCUUUGCCUGAGUCUUCUCCACGCCGAACCCCUCGCUUACCCCGCAGUGAUUUCCCCCCAAGACCCCACCCUGCUGAUCGGCUCCUCGCUGGUCGCCACGUGCACGGUCAGCCCGGACUUUCACCUGAAAGCCGAGGACCUGUACUGGACCCUGAACGGCCGGCGCCUGCCCGCCGCCUCCUACGCUGCCCUCGGCCCCACCACGCUCAGCGUGGCCCUCGCUCGCCUCAACGGCUCCAAGCAGCAAUCGGGGGACAACCUGGUGUGUCACAGCAGAGACGGCGGCAUCUUGGCCGGCUCCUGCCUUUACGUUGGACUACCCCCAGAGAAACCAGUCAACAUCACCUGCUGGUCCAAAAACAUGAAGGACCUCACCUGCAAGUGGGCGCCGGGGACGGAAGGGGAGACCUUCCUGCACACCAACUACACCCUCAAGUACAAGCUCAGGUGGUACGGCCGAGACAACACGUGCCAGGAGUACCACACGGCCGGACCCUACUCCUGCCACAUCCCCAAGGACCUGGCCCUCUUCACGCCCUACGAGAUCUGGGUGGAGGCGUCCAACCGGCUGGGGGUGGCCGUCUCCGACGUCGUCAUGUUGGACAUCCUCGACGUGGUCACCACCGACCCGCCGUCGGACGUGCACGUCAGCCGGGUGGGGGACCUGGAGGACCAGCUGAGCGUGCGCUGGAGCUCCCCGCCGGCUCUCAAGGAUUUCCUCUUCCAAGCCAAGUACCAGAUCCAGUACCGGGUGGAGGACAGCUCGGAGUGGAAGGUGGUGGACGACGUGGGCAACCAGACGUCCUGCCGUCUGGCCGGCCUUCGCCCCGGCACCGUCUACUUUGUCCAGGUGCGCUGUAAUCCCUUCGGCAUCUACGGCUCCAAAAAAGCCGGCAUCUGGAGCGACUGGAGCAACCCCACCGCCGCCUCCACCCCACGCAGCGAGCGAGCGGCGGGGGGCUGCGACCCCAAAGGGGGGGAGCAAAACACGACGCUGCGGAGGGAGCUGAAGCAGUUUUUCGGGUGGGUGAAGAAACACGCCUACGGCUGCUCCAACCUCGGCAUCAAGCUCUACGACCAGUGGCGCGUGUGGCUGCAGAAAUCGCACAAAACACGCAACCAGGUAGGUUCUUCCCGGCGAUAAGUUGUAGCCCCCGGGGGACCGAGCGCCGGCAGGAUGACACGGGGCGCCCGGCGCCCACCCCGGGACCACCCACGCCCACCCCGGCCCUGCCGGGGGGGAGCAGGAAGGCGGCCGGGGCGAAGCGUGGCCCUGCAGCCCCGGGGAACGGGAUGGGAUAAGGCGGGGGGGGCAGGUUCGGCCAG